GUCGAACGUAUUAGCCCCUCCUGGGAUGAAGAUGUUCCCCACAUGUCUUCGACGUGCCCCUUCACCCAUAUAAAUACUUUCACUUAUCUUGUAAUUUGAAUGUCUGCCUAGUGCGUGAUUGCGACCGGCGUUUGUUCUUUAAAUAUAUUAUUUUAUUCUUAUUGGGGUUUUAUGUGUUUGUGUUUGGUGCAUACCGGCGUUUUUAGGUGAGUUUUUUUUGUUUUGUGAUUUUUUUUCAAAUGUUACGACGCUAAAUGAGUGCUUUUGUGGAUAAAAAGGAAUAGAAACAACUUCUCGCAGUAGGCAACCAUGUGGUUGCCAUUCUUCGUAUUGGCAGCCCUGCUACUCCAGAAUGCCAGCUGCGAGCUGACUUCUGGAGUGGACCCUAAAGAUGAUGUGGCUGUUUUAAUGGAUAAUACCGAAUUAUCGGUUUUUAUGCCAACACGUAAACAUAGACAGCUCUCUAGUGACGCUUUUAACGAAGUGUCCGAUGCUAAACAAGUACAAUUAGAUAGAUUAGAUGUUAACUGCGAGCUAGAAAAUGACCGUAUUAUUGUUACCGUCGAGUUCCUACAACCGUUCAAUGGUAUCAUCUAUAGUAAAGGAUUUAAAGACGAUCGCAAUUGCAAUUACGUUACUGGCGGUAGUGGCCAGACGAGUUACACAUUCAGCAUUCCAUCCAAAGGUUGCGGUACUAGAACGGUUAGGUGCAAAUCUAAAGCUUGUGGAUUUGGAAACCCCGUCGAAAAUGUCUUGAUUAUUCAACAAGAUGAAUACGUAACGGAAAUUACUGACUUAGCCAGAAGAGUUAGUUGUUUAACCACCUCGGCUAACGUAGCUACAGUUAAUUUCAAACCUAUUAUGGUCGAUACAUUAGAUGUAGUAUCGAUCCCUGUGGGUACAGAGACUGUGGAAUGUUGGAUGGAUAUUCAACGCGGAAGAUAUCCCAAUUUGACUCCGCUUGGUGAAUUGGUGAAAAUCGGAGAACCGUUAACUAUAAUUAUUUCGAUCAUCGAUCACUCGAGUCAAUACGAUGUCAGAAUACACGAAUGUUGGGCUUACGAUUCGGAAGAUUAUUACGAUAAGAAAACUGGCAAAAUUCAAUUAUCAGACGCAAAUGGAUGUCCUAGAAAGAAGAAUAUCAUUUCAUUCUGGAACAAAGAUCGUGAAUCUGUUUCCAGUGGAACGAAAAUCACUGCGUAUAACAAUAUCACUGCCUUCAAAUUUUCCGACAGAGAUAAAGUUUAUAUGACUUGUAAUAUUGAGCUUUGUCAAGGUCAAUGUCCGGAGCAAUGUGGAAGCGAAAUUAUCACUGUUACCACUACGCCAAACUGUUACCCAGGAUCACCAGAUCCACGCUGUCCUCGUCCACUGCCACCAGUACGAGUUCCUACAGAUGAACCUGAACCAGAGUGUUACCCAGGCUCCAAUGAUCCGAGAUGCUCGCCUUUCUCAAGCACUACUGUACGAAUUCCUUCUACAUCAGUGUCAUAUCGGCCACCACCGUCUCCAACUCCUCCACCAAAACCGAUUUGCUAUCCAGGAUCAACUGAUCCGCGUUGUCCACCACCGCCGCCUCCUCCUCCUUCGCCUCCACCCAAACCAGUAUGCUACCCUGGUUCCAAUGAUCCAAGAUGUCCAAGACCAUCUCCUCCACCUCCUCCUCCUAGCCCUCCAACUUAUAUUCCUCCACCUCCACCUACACCGUCUAAAAUAGUCUGUUAUCCUGGCUCAAAUGAUCCUAGAUGCCCACAACCUACACUUCCACCUCCAAGAACUCCACCGCCACCACCUCCCAGUCCCCCUACUUAUUUGCCCCCACCGCCUCCAACACCACCAAAACCAGUAUGUUAUCCAGGUUCAAAUGACCCAAGAUGUCCACCUCCUCCCCCACCACCACCACCGCCACCAACCCCACCGAAAUUGGUUUGCUAUCCUGGAUCUACUGAUCUAAGGUGUCCGCACGUUGAUCCAACACCACCUCUACCACCCAGUCCACCAACUUACUUACCACCCCCUCCUCCUACAACCCCCAAACCAAUCUGUUACCCUGGUUCAAAUGAUCCAAGGUGUCCAAAACCACCCCCACCUCCGCCCCCACCUCCGACACCGCCAAGAUUAGUCUGCUAUCCAGGAUCUACGGAUCCACGGUGUCCACAACCACCACAAACACCACCCCCACCACCAACUUCAUCUACUUAUUUACCUCCACCGCCACCAACUAGCCCUAAACCAAUUUGUUACCCUGGUUCAAAUGAUCCGAGAUGUCCAAAACCACCUCCACCCCCGCCCCCACCACCUACUCCACCAAGAUUAGUUUGCUAUCCAGGAUCUACAGAUCCGAGGUGCCCGCAACCACCGCGAACACCACCUCCACCACCAAGCCCCCCGACAUAUUUGCCUCCUCCUCCGCCUACUUCACCGAAACCAAUCUGUUAUCCUGGUUCAAAUGAUCCAAGAUGCCCACCACCACCACCUCCUCCUCCACCACCACCGCCACCUCCUCCUCCUCCACCACCACCACCACCACCUCCUCCUCCACCUCCAUCACCAAAACCAGUGUGUUACCCUGGAUCAAUUGAUCCCAGGUGCCCACAACCACCCAGGACACCAAGUCCUCCCACAUAUCUACCACCUCCUCCUCCCACCACUCCACAACCAAUUUGCUAUCCUGGUUCAAAUGAUCCUCGAUGCCCAAAACCAACUCCACCUCCACCACCACCACCCACUCCACAAAAGUUAGUGUGUUACCCUGGAUCAACUGAUCCAAGGUGUCCGCCACCUCCUCCCCCGCCACCUCCGCCACCACCUCCACCACCAAAACCUGUGUGUUAUCCUGGAUCAACUGAUCCGAGAUGUCCACAACCGCCCAGAACACCACCUCCUCCUCCACCACCACCACCCAGUCCACCAACUUAUUUACCCCCACCACCUCCUACAACACCUAAACCAAUUUGUUACCCUGGUUCAAACGAUCCCAGAUGUCCAAAACCACCUCCACCACCACCACCGCCUCCAACUCCUCCAAGAUUAGUGUGUUAUCCAGGAUCUACUGAUCCAAGAUGUCCGCAACCAACAAGAAUACCACCACCGCCGCCUAGUCCUACAACAUAUUUACCUCCACCUCCUCCUACAACUCCAAAACCAUUCUGUUACCCUGGUUCAAAUGAUCCAAGAUGUCCACCACCACCGCCUCCUCCACCUCCGCCACCACCUCCUCCUCCUCCUCCACCACCACCACCACCACCACCAUCAAAACCAGUAUGUUAUCCAGGAUCGACUGACCCUAGAUGUCCCCCACCUCCUCCUCCACCUCCUCCACCUCCAACUCCACCACCAAAACCAAUCUGUUAUCCAGGCUCAAAUGAUCCCAGAUGUCCCAAACCUCCUCCGCCCAGUCCUCCUAUUUACGUUCCACCCCCAUCAACUACCCCUAAACCUAUUUGCUAUCCUGGAUCAACUGAUUUCAGAUGCCCACAAUCAUUCAAAACUAGUCCAACUCCGACCACUCAGCCACCACCAGUGUGCUAUCCAGGAUCACCUGAUCCACGAUGCCCCAGACCACCAAAUGUAUCAACAAGACCACCGGCAACUUAUUUGCCUCCGCCACCUUCAACUCCCCAGCCACCUCCUCCACCACCACCACCACCACCACCUUCGCCCAAACCAAUUUGUUACCCAGGUUCUAAUGAUCCAAGAUGCCCACAGCCUCCAAGAACUCCUCCACCCCCACCACCUCCCCCUCCAAAGCCAGUGUGCUAUCCAGGCUCAUCUGAUCCAAGAUGCCCACCACCGCCACCUCCUCCGCCACCACCUCCCCCACCACCAUCUCCUCCUCCACCCCCACCUCCUACACCGCCAAGAUUAGUCUGUUACCCAGGAUCCAAUGAUCCAAGAUGUCCUCAGCCACCAAGAACACCUCCACCUCCACCACCUCCCCCUCCAAAGCCGGUAUGCUAUCCAGGCUCAUCUGAUCCGAGAUGCCCACCACCACCACCACCCCCUCCUCCUCCUCCACCACCUUCUCCUCCACCACCACCACCUCCUACACCACCAAGAUUAGUCUGUUACCCAGGUUCUAAUGAUCCUAGAUGCCCUCAACCUCCAAGAACUCCACCACCACCUCCUCCACCCAGUCCACCAACUUACCUUCCUCCUCCUCCACCAACUCCACCACCAAAACCAAUCUGCUAUCCAGGCUCAAAUGAUCCUAGAUGCCCGAAACCUCCUCCACCACCACCACCUCCACCGCCAACUAGGCCACCGCCAUCUACUUAUCUUCCACCACCGCCACCCACUCCUCCAAGACCAGUCUGUUAUCCUGGUAGCACUGAUCCAAGAUGUCCUCAGCCAGCAAGAACUACACCAUCACCACCUACUCCACCUCCAAAACCCAUCUGCUAUCCUGGAUCCAAUGAUCCUAGAUGUCCGUCACCACCACCACCACCGCCUCCACCUCCUCCCACCGCACCGAUAUGUUAUCCAGGCUCCAAUGAUCCUAGAUGUCCUCCACCGCCGCCUCCUCCACCACCACCUCCAUCAAUUCCUCCUACUGAAGGUCCGAUAGUUUGUACUUGCAAUGGAACUACGCACCGUCCAAUCGUUUUCCCAAUUUGUUAUCCGGGCUCAACUGAUCCGCGAUGUGCUCAACCAUAUCAGCCUCAGCCUCAGCCACCAUCAAUCGGUUAUUCGUACCUACCACCUCCACCAUCUAAAAGAGAGUCAGCCGAAGCAAAUGAAAUUACUAGUAACGAUAAUUUAGAACAAAACCAACUAGUUUUGUCAAACCUAGAACACUUGAUUCGUCAUUUGUCGAAAGAGAAAGGUUAUGAUGUAGGCGAAUCAUCGAAGGACUUAGCAGGUCUUGUUUUCGAAGAGUUGAAACGAAGCCAAGAAAGUCAGCCUCAAGAGGUCAAUUGAAGCAUUUAAUUAUUAAUUUAUUUUUGGCUUAUUUAUUAAGCCUGUUCAGGAGAUAUUAAAUCGAACAGAUUUGUUUUUUAUAUGUAAAUAAAACUUUUGUUAUAAAA